AUGGACCGUGAUUAUGGGCACGGAGGCUAUGGUGGCCCACGAUCCGUGGACUCUUACCUAAACCAGUCCUAUGGGAUGGAGAGUCAUGGAGGUGGAGGCGGAGGAGGUGGUGGUGGUGGUAACAGGUUUGGACCUUAUGAGUCUUACGACUCCGGGUCUUCUCUGGGUGGGCGAGAUCUAUACAGAUCUGGCUAUGGUUAUAAUGAACCCGAACAAAGCCGCUUCGGAGGUAGUUAUGGUGGUCGAUUUGACAACUCCUACCGGAAUAGCCUUGACUCUUUCGGAGGUAGAAGCCAGGGCGGGUCUAGCUGGGAAGCACCUUACUCCCGUUCAAAAUUGAGGCCUGGGUUUAUGGAGGACAGAGGAAGAGAGAGUUACUCUUCCUACAGCAGUUUUUCUUCACCCCAUAUGAAGCCUGCACCUGUAGGCUCUCGGGGGAGAGGAACGCCUGCUUAUCCUGAAAGUGGAUUUGGAAGCAGAAACUAUGAUGCUUUUGGAGGACCAUCAACAGGCAGAGGCCGAGGCCGAGGACAUAUGGGAGACUUUGGAGGAAUGCACAGACCUGGAAUUGUUGUUGACUAUCAUAACAAACCCAGCCCUGCAGCAGUUGCUGCAAGAGGAAUAAAAAGAAAAAUGAUACCACAGCCAUAUAACAAACCUGGUGGGACAUUUAUCAAGAAACCCAAAAUGACAAAGCCGAUUUUGAAGCUGAGCCAGAAAAAAUCGCCUAGUAAAAGUGAUCCUUUACGUAAAAGUGAGGAAGAAGAGAAACGACGAAUUGAGGCCAGAAGAGAGAAGCAAAGGCGUAGAAGGGAAAAAAAUAGUGAAAAAUACGGUGAUGGAUACAGGAUGGCUUUUACUUGCUCUUUUUGCAAAUUUCGAACAUUUGAAGAAAAAGAAAUUGAGGCACAUCUGGAGAGUGCAGCUCACCAGGAAACAUUGGAUCAUAUUCAGAAGCAAACCAAGUUUGACAAAGUAGUGAUGGAAUUUCUUCACGAGUGUAUGGUGAAUAAGUUCAAGAAGACAGCUAUGCGUAAGCAGCAGACAAGUAACCAAACAGAAAAUGCUCAAGCUGCUGAAAAAGAUAUAAUGGAAGGGGUUACUGCUGAUGACCACAUGAUGAAAGUUGAGACUGUUCACUGCAGUGCCUGCAGUGUUUAUGUUCCUGCACUACACAGUUCUGUUCAGCAGCACUUAAAAUCUAGUGAUCACACAAAAGGAAAACAAGCCUACAGAGAACAAAUAAAAAGGGAAAGUGUUCUUACUGCCACCAGUAUCUUGAAUAAUCCUAUAGUCAAGGCACGAUACGAGCUGUAUGUGAAGGGUGAAAAUCCUUUUGAAGUUAAUGAUCAGACUCAGGAGCAGCCAGUGGAAGAGGAGGAGAAAGCUGAGGAGCCAGCUGAGGGGGAGGAAGAAGAGGAAGAAGAAGAAACUGAAGAAACUGAAGAACAAACUGACUUCACUUUAGACCACACUGAAGAUAACUAGGUGCAAGAAAAUAAGGAUCCAUUGGGGCGGACAAAACAGCUUUUUAUUUCAGAUCAGAAAGUGGCUAAGACCUUUUAAUAGUCUCAAAUGAAGCUGGUGAAGAUUCCUCGCCAUAUGCAUGCAUUCCAUUCCAUGGAGAACUUGUUUAUAUAAUUCCUCUGUGCUUCUGACUUCAUUUAAAAUUAAAUUAAAACUAUUUUAGUUGAGCUUUUUAUAGAAAACUGACUGUUAAAUCUGAGUAAAACAUUGUGUUGUAUAUUUUUUUAAGCAUCCUAUUUUUUGGUGUGUGUAUUUAAAGUCGGAUAUAAUAAUUUUUGGUCUAAUCAAUUGAAAGGCAGGUCUGUGGGGUAAAUACUAGAUGCUGUAUGGCAGAAGCUUAUCAUAUUUACCC